UUCUUUUCAGGUCAAGGUAACUAUAAAUAGAUGUCACAUGAUGUAUCGACCUACUUGGCAUGUGACUGACAGCAGUUAUAUUUCUAUUUUUAUAAACAAAGUACAAGGAAACAAGCAAGCUAAAAGAAAAUGAUAUCAAUUUGGAAAGCUAUCUUGAUGCUAGUGCUCGCUUCAUCAACAUUUUCUACCAUAUAUUCAGCAAAAUUACAGAGACAGUUGGAAAAUGUUAAUGUAAUGCGUAUAGACACAGAUCUAGAUUCAGAUGUUAACCUUCUUAGCAAUUUAUUAGCACAGCCUCAAGGUUUUAAAAAUGAAGGAUCUACUAUAAAUUUCGAUGACUCGCUAGGUUUGGAGAGGCAGUUCGAAGGCAUUGGAGGACUCAGUGGUGGAGGUGCAACUUCUAAACUACUUGUCAACUAUCCAGAAAUUCAGAGGAAUGAAAUCUUAGACUAUUUAUUUAAGCCAAAUUUUGGAGCUUCACUACAGAUUCUUAAAGUAGAAAUAGGAGGAGAUUCACAGAGUACAGAUGGAACUGAAGCAUCCCACAUGCACAACAGCAAUGAUGAGAACUAUGAGAGAGGAUAUGAAUGGUGGCUUAUGCUUGAAGCCAAAAAGAGAAAUCCUAAUAUUAAAUUGUAUGGUCUUCCUUGGGCAUUUCCUGGUUGGAUUGGCCAAGGCACACAGAAUCCUUAUACAAAUGUUUCUCUGACAGCUGACUACAUUAUUCGAUGGAUUUCUGGAGCUAAAAGAAUGUAUAAUUUAACAAUAGACUACAUCGGGAUAUGGAAUGAGAGAAACUAUAAUGUUGCUUACAUAAAGACUUUGAGAAAUGCAUUAGAUUUAAAUGGCUUUCAAAAUGUUUUGAUUGUAGCAUCUGAUGGAGGAUGGGAUAUUGCUCAUGACAUUUUAAAUGAUGGACAAUUAGCUAAUGCUGUUUAUGCUAUUGGCUGCCAUUAUCCAGGGACAUAUGAUUCACAGGAUGCUUACAAUACUGGAAAAAGUCUUUGGGCUUCUGAAGAUUACAGUACAUAUAAUGAUGAAAUAGGAGGAGGAUGCUGGGCAAGGAUUUUGAAUCAAAAUUAUGUCAAUGGCUAUAUGUCUUCAACAAUAUCAUGGAAUCUGAUUGGAAGUUACUACUAUGGACUGCCAUUCUACAGAGAUGGACUUAUGACUGCAGUAGAACCUUGGUCAGGCAACUAUAAUGUUAGCACUCCCAUAUGGAUAACAGCUCAUACAACUCAGUUUACUUCUAUUGGUUGGAGAUAUUUAAAGCAUGACAGUGGCGUAGGAAAAUUACCACAAGGUGGGUCUUAUGUUGGAUUGGUCAGCCCUGAUGGAACUGAUCUGACCAUUGUUAUUGAAACCAUGACUCAUGACCACUCUAUCUGUAUACGUCCUGGUUUACCCUGGUAUGAUGUUCACCCACAACUUGUAACUUUAAAUCUUAAAGGAAGUUUUGCUAGACUAACAAGCAUGAAUGUCUGGUACAGUAAGUUAGGGUUUAAUGGCCAACCUGACAUAAUGUUUCAGUCCCUGGGACAGUUGAAGUUUGUGUCUGGCCAAGCAGUUCUCAAGUUAGGACUUGAUGAAGUCUACACACUGACCACGAUAUCUACUGGACAAAAAGGAUCAUAUCCUGUCCCACCUCCCUCCCAACCAUUUCCUUUGCCUUAUCUUGAUGAUUUUGAAGGUUAUCCCCUGUACCAGGAACCAUUCAAUCUUGCCCAGCAGACAGGCUCUUAUGAAGUACUUAGUGAUGGUCAAACAAAGUUUAUUAGACAAAUGGUUUUAGAGAAUCCAGUGGCCUGGUGUGAUUCUGAUCUGCACAACAAAUCAAUUAGUGUUGUUGGUUCCUAUACUUGGUCUGAUAUUUUUGUGGAAAUUAAUUUCCGUAUCCCCACCUUAAAUUCUACUAGUGGAGUUUUUGUAGCUGCCAGAGUGGAUCAAGGCGGAUGUGAUGCCUUCAAAGCUCAAGGCAUUUAUCUAUAUGUUCUUCAAAGUGGUGCAUAUCAACUUAGUAAUGAUUUCGCUAGAACCAAGAUCACUCAACAAGGUUCAGUUCAAAUUUCAGCUGGAUGGCACACUUUGUCUUUGUUAGUUCAGGGUGCAAGUGCACUUGGAGCUUUGGAUGGAGUUAUAUUAUUCAAUGCAACAAUUCCCACCUCUCCAGCAUCUGGCUUUGCAGCUAUUGGCACAGACAGCUAUGGCUUGGCUGAUUUUGAUAAUCUCUUAUUAGAGUCAGCGGCAAGUGGCUUGAAAAUUAUGGGAAAAUAUACAAUGCUUGUAAAAUAGUAAAUAAUUAGUAUAGCUUAAUUUAUUUCUAUCAAAGUCUCACUUUUUAUAAUCUUUGUACUGUCACUGCCAAACUCUACUAUUUUUUUAUGGAAAUUUAUUAGGUUUAAUAAAAUUCUAAAUACAAACACUGGUUAAAAUUUUGAAUACUUUUUUUACUGUACAACACAGAUAAAUAGCAUUGAGAUCUCACCUAUUCUUAACACCUUAAGGUCUAACUUAACUUAGGACUGUAAGAAUUAAAGCUAACAUGAAUGAAUAUCUGGGAGAGAAGUACUGUGAGACAUGAAAAUUGUAAAGCUGAUUUUCUUAUGAUGGUUAUGUCAAUACUAUGAAAAUAUUGAACAAUUUAUUCUUAUGAAAUCCGAUACAAUUAGGUUUGGCUGUAGUUAGUUUUGUUCAAAUGCAUAAGAACAUUCCAUUCUGUAUAUAUUAAACAUUUUUCUAAUGAAGUUGCAUUAAGUGAUUAUCUAUAUAUAAACAUAUAUACCAGUAUAUUGUAAUCAGUGAUUUUCAUUUUCUGGUAUCAGUUUAUUACCAUUUAGAUUGCAAUCUUUCCUAAUGUUAAGAAAACAAGAUGUCUGCAUAAUCUUUAGGGACAUUGUUUAAAAUCACUUAAUUGUAUUAGAUGAAAUAGUUAUAAAAUAUAAGUUAUUUGAAAAGAUUAUUAUACAAUGUAAAUUAUUUUAUAAAAUGAUUUAUACAUUUGAGUUCAUAAAAAUGUGUAUUUUUUUUUUAAUGGCAUCAUGUUUCUGGUUCACCAUUAAGGAAAAACUGCAUGUGUUUAAACCCCUAUCUGAAGUAUGUAUGACAGUGUCUAAAAUUUCAAAUCAUUUCCUUCAAAAUAUUAUCAAUUUCCUCCAUAAUAUUAUUGAAUUUUUUCCUUCAGAACACAAAUGUAAAUAAUCUUUUUUUUAUUUUAAUUUUUGUUAAACCACAAAGAUACUCUAAUAAAGUGAGACUCUUUCACUGAUCUUAUUAAUAUUCAAAUAAAUCGAGACUCUAAUAAGUAAUAGUCUAGCAAACAAUAACUUAUAAUUUGCCUUAUUAUUAUACAAUAUUAAGAUUUACUUUACAACUGUUUAAUAAAAAUACAAAACACAUGUAUGUAGAAAACCCCAUGGUCUUUGUUCCAGUGAGUGGGUUCCUAUAUGUAAGUCUAUUGUACUUUCUAUAUUAUUUUACAAAUGUAACGAAAAAUACAAGUUGUUGCACUGUUGAUUUUUUUUUACAUUUUUAUUUAUUUAUGCUUACAUAUCUGUUUGUGUUUUAGUUUCGUGAUAAAUAAAUAUAGAUUCUUAAAUUUAA